CUCAGAAAGGGGACAUAGAGAAGGGCAGCGGGGGAGGAUCUAGAGUAGGGGGUCUAGCCCCUUUGCAGGGAGGGAAUCAGAGCAAAAUUGGAUGUAGUGGGGCACAGGAGAAUGGCUCUAACAGGAAAUGCCAAGAAAGAAAAGAGGUGGCUUGGCGUGGGGGACUAAUAAGGGGGAGGGGAGAGAAUCAAGCCAGAAACUAGAUCAUGUUUGAGGUAGAGAAUGAAUCAGUGAAGGCAGAGGAAGGGGAGCUAAGGUGGCCAGAGAGGAAGGGAGGGAAAGAGCCGGCCGAGACACAGAUAAAGGUGUGAGUGAUUUCACUUUGCAAAGGGCACAGCACAGAAUAGCUUAACAAAGAACUCGAGGAAGCCAGAAGCCAUUCUCUGCAGAGGUUUAGGGCCUCGGGGGUGGGGUGAAGUUUGAAUCAUGGCUCCCUCCCUCAUCCCAGGAUCCCUGUAGUUGCCAGCUGUGCCAUGGAUGAGCUGCCACCGCCAACAGUGGGGGACAAUGAACUCCUUGUCCCUUGCGGGGGGCGUCCCCACAAGGACUGCUGCGAGAGGGUCGUGAUCAACGUCUCAGGCCUACGCUUCGAGACCCAAGUGAAGACCUUGCGCCGGUUCCCCAACACCCUACUGGGUGACCCGCAACGCCGUGUGCGCUAUUACGACCCUCUGCGCAAUGAAUAUUUCUUUGACCGCAACCGGCCCUGCUUUGACUCCAUCCUGUACUAUUACCAGUCUGGAGGACGGCUCCGGCGGCCAGCCAACAUCCCCCUCGAUGUUUUCCUGGAGGAACUCAAGUUCUACGAGCUUGGGGAUGAGACCCUCACCAAAUUCCGUGAUGAUGAGGGCUUCAUUAAAGAAGAAGAGCAGCCCAUGCCCGACAGGGAGUUCCUCAAACAAGUGUGGCUACUCUUUGAGCAUCCUGAGAGCUCCCAGGCUGCCCGCAUCAUCGCAAUAAUCUCUGUGAUGGUCAUCCUGAUCUCCAUCGUGAUCUUCUGCUUGGAGACCCUGCCUGAGUUUCGGGACGACAGGGACGUAUCAUUACCGCCCCAUCAUCAUCGCAUGAACAGCAGCGUGCCACACGCCCCGCAACCAAAGAACCAUUUCGACGAUCCCUUCUUCAUCGUGGAGACCAUUUGCAUUUGCUGGUUCUCCUUUGAGCUCCUGGUGCGCUUCCUAGCCAGUCCAAGUAAGCCGGCUUUCUUCAAGAACAUCAUGAACAUGAUUGAUUUUGUGGCCAUCAUCCCUUACUUUGUAACCCUGGGCACAGAAUUUGCUCGGCAGAAGGGCGUGGCCCAGCCUGCCAUGUCCUUGGCCAUCCUCAGGGUCAUCCGGCUGGUGAGGGUCUUCCGAAUCUUCAAGCUCUCCAGGCACUCCAAAGGCUUGCAGAUCCUAGGACAGACGCUCAAGGCCAGCAUGAGGGAGCUUGGAUUGCUCAUCUUCUUCCUCUUCAUCGGAGUCAUCCUCUUCUCCAGCGCUGCCUACUUCGCCGAAGCUGAUCACGAGGAUACAUCCUUCACCAGCAUCCCUGCAGCCUUCUGGUGGGCUGUGGUCAGCAUGACGACCGUGGGGUACGGUGACAUGUACCCUGAGACUAUGGGUGGCAAAAUUGUGGGUUCCUUGUGUGCCAUCGCUGGAGUCCUCACCAUUUCCCUCCCCGUGCCUGUCAUCGUCUCCAACUUCAGCUACUUCUAUCACCGCGAGACUGAGUGUGAGGACCUGGGCCAAUACACCCACAUCACUAUGUGCCCGUACACCCCGCCGCCAUCCCCGGCCGCCAUCCGGGAGAAGGCUCAUCUCAUGGAGAAACACUGCAAGGAUGGCGUGGAGCAUUCAGAACUGCUGGAUGGCGUGGUGCCCAUGGGCAAUUCAGAAGCACCCAACAAACGCCUGGUGACCCAAGUGUGACCAUCCAGUCCAAGCACCUGAUCCCCGCACCCCGCACAUAACUUUCCUUGCACCUCUACGUCUUAACUCUGUAUAAUAGGACAAUAGAUUAGCCCGUACGGGUUGGUCUCCUGUUGGGUCUAAAAUCCUUGGAGAAUAGCAACGGGUUUGGAGAGAACAUAUUUCCCAUCAGGUUUUUGAGAGGGAAUUGGAGGGACGACUGUGUCUAAAUUUGGGAUGAGGUAAUGGCACAGUGCACUGCCCCUGAAGCAGACAUGGCAGGGGGGAGGGGGAACGGUGCCUCUGGGAAUCAUGUGGAUCCUGUUGCAAGGAGACAGUUGCAUAAACACGCACACACACACACACCCUGUUGCUCUGCUCCUUCCUCAAUUGGUCUAGGGUGCCCUCAGUCUACAGAAAGUACUCCCUCCUCUCCUUUUACUCCCUUCUCUGCCUGGUCACCCUCCACCCUUCUGUGACUCAAAGAACCCUUGGCAUGAAGAUGCCUCCAUGAAAUCACAGCAAUGUGUUCUUGGGUUACAUCUGCUGGACCGCGCAAUGGAACAUACCCAGAGCAGACCAGGCCCCAAAUAGCAAGAAUUGGGGGGGGGG